UUGAAUGAUGGAGGUGUGGUUUGAAGGCUGAAGCCAGCCCCUUCUCAUGAGAACUAUUUAAACCCGGAAGACAUCAAACUAAAACUCACUUGUACCUCACCAUCACAACAUGUAUCUCCUCACUCUGGUCCUUGGGAUUGUGCUUCUCCCUGAAGCCUUUACUCUGAGAUGUUAUGAGUGCACACCAGGAGUGACUGGAACCUGCACUGAGACAACAACACAAUGUCCUUCAGAGAAGAAUCAGUGUGCUGCACUAAGAGUUAUGUCUUAUGCAGGUGGUUCAAAACUUGCGGACAUCACUGGAAAAUCAUGUGCUGUGUCUGAGGAGUGUGGAGAGCACUCACUCAACUUUGGAGUCUCCAGAACUGUAGUUGCCAGCAAGUGUUGUAGCUCUGACCUCUGCAACACCCAACGUGUCCCAGAGCCCAGUAAAACCAAUCCAAAUGGCAGGAAGUGCUUCACUUGUGACGGACAAACAUGCACCAAAACUCUAAACUGUGAGGGGAAUGAGGACCACUGCAUCUCAGCAACAGUGAGUACAGGUGGCCAAAAGGUGACUGUGAAGGGCUGCGCCUCCAAGGUAAUCUGCACAAACAAGGAACUUGCACAGAUUAUGGGAUUAACUGGAGUAGAUAUGAGCUGCUGUCAGGGCGACUACUGCAACAGUGCCAGCAGUACAAGUGCUGGCCUCAUGCUGCUGGUGGCACCACUGAUCUCUUUGGUUCUGAGCUGAUGGAGAAAGAAGAAUCACUGCCCAGAUCUGCUUCACAUCACUGUGUAGACUCGUAGCACUUACUGCCUCACACAUGACCUUAAGUGAUAUGUGACAAGUAGAAAGUUUAUUUACCAACGGGAAAACAUAAAAAUAUUUUCUGCUUCUAGCUUGCUUUUUUAAAUGUUGUUCAUGUCUUGUUUCCAAAUACAAUAGCGACUGAUUUGCAUAUGAUUGUGAUUAAAAGAAUAAAACAAAGUAAAAAAAAAAAAAAAAAAAAUGAUAUUCACUUACAGUUUUUGUUCUGGGUUCCAGUGUCAAACUAAAUAAAAUCUAAUCUAAAAACA